CAGUACAUGAAAGUCUGGCAACUUAAAACUUUCGGGACUUUAGUGGGGGAUCCCCCACGAAAACAUGAACUUCUCAGAAAGAUACUCGAAAGAAACAGGAAAGGGUCAAAGUAUAGUUUGUAGUAUCGGGACUUGAAAUGGCGGAGAAACUACUCUGUUAACAAGAUAUGGCUCCUUCGGCCCAGUUUUGUACGUGGAAUUGAGUUCGUAUUUCGACCCCAGAUGCGACUGCUGUGGCGCGCGGUCGUUAACAGCCAAUCACGACCCCGAUGUAUUCUGCGUCCCGAGAAGCAGCCAGGAGACAGACUACUUAUCCGUCCUUAACCACCGAAACGGUUGAUGGGAAGUGUCGAGUUGGCAUCAAGUCUAUGCGCCCGACAAAGGGGCCAGCUCCGUAAUACUCAGCAUAGGCUUUCGAGGAUAGUUUGAAGACAUUCGAUUCGAGAUAUUAGCCGAAGCGACUGCGUCUUGUUUAUUUCAAGAUGGCGGCAAAGUUAUCAGUCAGUUUGCUUUGCUUCGCCGUGAUAGUAGCAAUUACGGUCCAGCCACCUGUGGUUGACUCACUACCCUUCAGCCUGGACAACGAACAUCCCAACGCGAGGCGCGUCUACGGAGCUGUCAGCCUGGAAGACGACAGCUCCGAGGUCGUGGUCCAGACUUUCGGAUGGGCUCAGGGAGGGGCGGGAUCAAGCUCGGAGGAGGAGGGAGGGCUCGGUAGCGUGGGGUCUAGUUCCAGUGUAGGCGGCAGUGCAGGGGGCGGUCCUCCGGGCCCACCGGUGGUUGAUCCCAACCCCGGACAGGGGACCGAUCUCACUCCUGGUCCGGACACUCCGGGUGGGGGUGGUGGUCCCGAGACAGAAGCCCCAAGUCCUCCUCCGUCACCUCAGUCCGCCACGAUGCCCCCCGUGUUGCCCCCCACGACACCCCGGCGAGGCGACGGGGGCUUCGGUGGGUCCAUCCCGAGGCGGGCCGGAGAGCAGCCAGACAAUGCCGGCCGUCGGCUGAUCCCCAAUCCCGUGCGGCCCUUGCCGCCGCCAAAGAUCAACAACAACAUUGCGGCCAUGUCAGAGGACAAGGAGAAACCCAUCCUCCGGAACCGACUUGGUGUGCCACUGGGGGCGCUCCUGACAGUGGUCGUGAUUGGAGGAAUAGUCGUAGUUCUGGCAGUGGGAGGCGUGGCUUAUUUCGUGUCAACCAGAGUAAGGAUCUCUUGAGAAGCUGGUAGAAUGAGAACAAUCAUAACAAUUUUGGACUGGUGACAUCGACUUGGAAAAAUAAUGAUAUGAAGUUGGUGGAUGAAUGAAAAAAAAGUUGGUGGAUGUUGUUGACCAAAAGCAGACCUAUACUAUCCGGGGACUUAGGCCUGCCCUUUCCAUUUGAAGUCUAUCCACAUGAAAUUUAAUUAUCCAAUAAUAAGUCCGCCUUUUGUAAUCAAUUUAUUUGACAAUUCCCAUUUUACUAACUUUUUUUAAGGGAAUCUUUUGAAUUUAUGUCAAUAAAAGUGUAUAAAUAACUCAAGUAAAAAAGUUCAAAAAAUGUAUAGUGUAAAAAUGUUUAAAUAUUCAUGUUUUCUGAAUAUAAUCAGGUCUUUUGCUUCCAUGUACAUACUUAAUUUAAGAGAAAGGCUUGUGUUUAGUGAUUGGGUUAUUAUAAUGUGCUUGAGCAUCAUUUUUUAAACUUACCUGGUUUUGUGAUGAAUAUAUCACUAACUGGAAAAACAUCCAAAUUUCAAGAUGUACGACAGUUCUUUUCGUUGUAUGCCAGUUACAAGCAUGUAAAAUAAAGUAAAUAAAAAAGUUUUUAAAAGAUAUACAGUGUAAACUUUGGCUUUUGUUGACAGAAGCAAAACUGGCAAUGGCCGAGUUUGUAAUUACAUGUACCUGGGAACAGUAAUUUCCGAAUAAUUUCGAAAGCUUCACUGGAAGGGCUGUUUACAAUUGAGGUUGGUCUGUUAAUUCGCAGUGUUAAGGGAUGAACUAAAGAUGUCCCAGAUGCAUCGCCCCAGUGUGCACGUUGUCCCGUGUACGAAUAUAAAUAAAUCCGAAUUCGGCGUUGGGUGCAACGUUUCAAACGUGUGCCGAACCAGGAUUUUAUCUACUGCUAUGGACUCUUUAUCGAUUUUUUUACAAAGAAUAAUUUACUCAAAGAGAUAUGUGCUGGAUUUUUCUUUUCCUACAUCGAAUUUUUGGUGUAGUAAUUCUUUCAAGAAAUAGAUUUCGACCAUUUUAAUAAAACUAAUUUAACCGACUUUACUUUUGUUUAUGUAUGAUGAUGUGCUCUCCGCAGCGAGCAAAAGCUUGCC